AUGAAGCGUGAGACGGGCACGAUGUCGGUGGGCGGGUUCAGGGUGCUCGGCGUGGGUGGACGGGAAGCGCGAGGGGCGGGCGGGACGAGCGGGAUGCGGCUGCCCAGCUCAGCGCAGCUCGGCCUUGUCGCACUCGCCGCGCUGGUGCUGCUUGCCGCGAUCGCUGCCGCGCUUUGCAUUCUCUGCAAGACCACCAGGAGAAAACGGCACACACCAUAUUCCCAACAACGUCUUAAUGCCUUCUCCACUGAGCACCUAACAAAGUACGGAGGUCUCUUUCCAUCUGGAGGCAAUCAGUGCCAAGAGCUAAAUCAGUCCUUUAGUGAAGCUGAUUCUUAUAUUGACGUUAUAAACCAUAGCACAUUGAAGAAAACCUGUCCCCACGGUAACACAGUGGAGGAGUUCGGGAAAGCGCAUCAAAAAUGCGUUAAAAGUCAAUUUGGCGAAAGCUCUGAUACCAUUAAUCAAAAGCAUGAGAGAAUGUGCAUCAAAUUCAACCAACGACCAUUACAAUCAAGGAGAGGACAAGACACUUCGAUAACAUCAGUGAAUUCCAGUGGGCAGGACUCGGGAAUCGCUGAAGCCGUCAGGUGUCCCUGCGGGCAUUCCACUACCCACACUUCGGAGGAGAGCAGUGGUUGUAGCUACGAGGACUCCCUGAAAUCAAAUCACAAUCAAGAAUCACAUCUUAAAUCAUAUCGUCCCGAUCCAGAGCCCCGUUUCCUCCGGCGUGCUUCAUUCGGCCACCAACCACUGGACGUGCGGCGAUUCAAUAACAGGAGACAGUCUUUCUCUGAAAACCUUCAAAGACAUUUCCCCUCAUUCGAGAGGAUCGGAUCUGGUGGCAGAAUGACCAGACAGAUAUCUUCUCCCAACGUGUCUAGUGUAUCUCAACCAUAUUUCUUGGCUGCUAAGAAGAAUUUACGAAGAAAAGAAGUAAUAAAGGAACCAGUAGUGGAUUAUGAUCAAAGUGAAGCAGAAGAUCAAUUCGACACAAGACUGGGUAGAAGAUCAAGCGGGCAGAACCGUAAGAGAGGAAAUUUUAUGGAAUUAAAUGGUCAGACGGCAGUGUUUGUUGCUACUCCUGCCGCGGCAGAGAUUAUGAGGAGACAGGGAAGUGAGAGACUUAUGUUUGCUAGACCUAUGUAG